CCCAUAAAGACUACAUUACCCAGCGCUCAGUGACGUCAUGCAGCAAGCCACGCCCCCAUCCGGGGAUAUGACACGCACUCCUUCUCCAGCAUGGCGGCUUCAGCUAAAAAGAAUAAGAAAAAGGGUAAGACCCUUACCCUGACCGACUUUUUAGCGGAGGACAGCGGGGGAAAUGCUCCACCGAGUUACGCACCCGCAAAGCCCACAAGCUGGGCCGACGAGACCGAUGACCUGGAGGGAGAUGUUACUACUGCCUGGCACACAGAAGAUGACGUGUACCGAGCGCCACCCAUCGAUCGGUCUAUUCUGCCGACGGCUCCACGUGCCGCCCGUGAGCCCAACAUCGACCGCUCCCGUCUGCCUCGCAGCCCCCCCUACACCGCCUUCCUGGGCAACCUCCCCUAUGACGUCACCGAAGACUCCAUCAAAAACUUCUUCCGUGGACUCAGUAUCAGUGCAGUUCGCCUCCCGAGGGAGCCCAGUAACCCAGAACGGCUGAAAGGCUUUGGUUAUGCAGAGUUUGAUGACGUGGAUUCUCUGUUGCGCGCACUCAGUCUCAAUGAAGAGAACCUUGGGAAUCGUAGGAUCCGUGUAGACAUCGCUGACCAGUCCAAUGAGAAAGAGAGAGACGAUCGCUCCAUGUCCGGGCGGGACCGUAACCGCAGUGAGCGAGACAUGGGCCCAGACAAGACCGAUUCUGACUGGCGGGCAAGGCCUAAAUCUGACUCUGAUGACGGACCUCGAAGGGACGACGCUUUUGGAGAGCGAUCCCGAGAUCGAUAUGAUUCAGACCGUGGCCAGCGGUGGGACAAUGAUCGUUACGAUCGUGAUGGCGGGAGAGACAGAUACCGUGAACGUUAUGAUGACAAAGAUCGCAGAGACUACGACAGAGGUUUUGAUUCACGCAGUGGUGGACGUCGACCGUUUGGAAGCGGUUUUCGGCGUGACUAUGACGACCGGAGGGACGACCGGAGGGAUGACUUUCGGGGCAGCGGGGAGCGCUAUGGAGACCGCUAUGGUGACCGUGAAGAGAGAUACGAGAGACGGGAUGAGAAGCGCGACGACAGAGGUCCCCCUCAGAGACCCAAGCUAAACCUGAAGCCCCGCAGUGUUCCCAAAGAGGAAGACCAGAGCAGCAGCUCUUCAUCCUCUUCUGGACGAGCUGCGUCCAUCUUUGGAGGAGCCAAACCAGUGGACACGGCCGCUAAAGAGAGGGAGGUGGAGGAGAGGCUUAAGAAAGAGCAAGAGAGACUGCAGAGACAGCUGGAGGAGGACAAGAACAGAGGACCUGAACGCAAGCCCAGAGAGAGGCAUCCCAGCUGGCGUAGUGAGGACCAAACAACCGAGCGCUCACGAACAGGAAGUGAGUCAUCACAAACAGGAAACACAUCGAGCCGGGCGCCGAGGCGUCGAGAGAGUGAGCGCUCUGUAGAAAACGAGGUUUUCAGCGGCCGUGAUGAGGAGUCAUCCUCGCAUGGAAGCCAGACUACUACUCCCAAGCAGGAGGGGCUGCCACUGAAAGUUGUUCCAGCGCCGCCACCUAAAGAGAACGCCUGGGCGAAGAGGAGCACCAUGAGUGCAGGAUCCAGUGAGAGUGACAGUAAACCUGUCGUCUCUCCCAGCAGCAGCGCUCCACCCAAAAGCGUGACAAGCUCAGCUGAUGCUCCUCAGAGAACUAAAGAUGAAAACAAAACAGAUGGGGUGCGCCGGGAUCGGGGCCCCUCUCGGGGUCGCGGUGGGGCCUCGGGCUCUGGAGCAGGCAGGGGGCGUGGAGACGCAGCCAGCCGAGACCGAAGGAAGGAGACAGACAGAAAGGAUGCAAGAAGAGAGCGAGAUCUCAGACCAGCACCAGAGCCAAAGAAAUUUGAGGAGCCUCCCAGCCCUAAAUUCAGCUCAGCCAGUAAAUACGCAGCCUUGCUGAUGGACGGGGAGCAGGGAGACGAGGAGGGCGGCGGAGAUUAAGAGGUGGAAGGACUACACGGACGACAGUCCAAAUUGAAUUACAAAUUAAACCUACAGCUUUUGUUUCAUGCAGCACUGAAGGACCCAGAUGAGCCCUUUGAGAGCAAAACCCAUUUUAGAGCAACCCCUCCUCUUCAGGACUGAACCGGAAACCUAGUGGGAAAUUACAGGACUCAUUUUAAAGUAAAAGAGGAAGGAUGAAUGCUUAUAACUAUUACAUUUUGCGGGGGGUUAAAAUACAAAAUAAAAUGGAUCCUGCUCUUGCAUACACCAUAAGUCGAGUGCAUUUCUCGUUAGCUUGAUUGCACGUUAAGUGGCGGGAAAGUGUAGAAUCAGGGAAAAGUGCCACAAGAUGAAUGUUUUCCCUGACUUUUAGGGCUUCCUGAGCUUUCCGAAAGAAAGUUUACAGCAGCUGCUUUACCGAGAUCUCUGCUCAAGUAAAGGGGUCGGUGACCUGCAUUGCUCACCCAUUGGUUAUAAAUCCCACAGCCUUGGUUUUAUGUUUUAAACUCGUGUUGGCCGACAGUUCUGGUGAUUUGUAUUCAGGGAUAAUAGCCGCUGAAUAAUGGCCAGCAACGGAUCAGAACCUGUUAGUUUCGGUUUGAUAUUUCUCUGCACUGCUUUAGGCAGGAGUCUCCCAUUUUUCUCACUUAUCCUUUGAGGACUUUUUUAAGCCACUCCUUUGGACUGAUGUGCAAUAGGAAUUAAAGUAUUCCUCCUAAUCUCAAUGUUUCAACAACAGAGACUGCUGCAGCUUUGGGUUGAGCAUAUAUCUAAAGGUAGUGACAUGAAUUGCUUAUUGAUUUAAACGGUGUACCAUCUUAAAAACAAUAAAAGACUACAUUGUGUCA